AUGAUAAAACUUUUAAAACCGAAAGACAAAAGAUAUAAAGUUGAUGAAAUUGCUUUGCAAAUGGAGCAUGAAGUCAUACGGCUACCCCUAUAUCAUUGUCAAUACAACCCGAUAGAAUUAAUAUGGGCUCAAGUUAAAGGUGAAAUUACAAAUAAAAACAACAGUUUUAAAAUCACAAACGUUGAAAACUUGGCAAAUAUUGCCAUAGAAUCCGUUACUGAAGACAAUUGGAAACGUUGGGUUGAUCAUUGCGAACAUCUUCAAGAUAAAGACUUUAUUAAAGAAAGAUUCUGGGACCAGAUUUUAGAGCCAAUAGUUUUGAAAAUUAACCCGGAAAACAGCAGCGAAAGCGAGAAUGACGACGAUGAAUCACUUCAAUUAUAA